AUGCACGAUCUCAAGAGAAAAGCGUCCAACGGAACAGCUGAACGUGCAGCAAAAAAGCAGGCUGUUCUCUCUGAUAGCGAUUCUGAAUAUGCUUCUGAUGGCACUUAUCCAGUUUUCGACGUUCCGGGUGCCAACAAUUCGAGCCGAUGGAGUGAAACCAUCACAAACGUUAUCAAGAGCGUUGUAUCUGUGCACUUCACGAAUAUCACGAACUUCGAUACAGAAUUGUGCCUCACAAGUGAAGCCACAGGUUUUGUUGUCGAUGCACAAAGAGGUAUCAUUUUGACGAAUCGUCAUGUGGUGGGGCCAGGACCUUUUUCUGGUUACGCUGUGUUCGACAACCACGAAGAGGCGGUAGUCAAGCCCAUCUACAGAGAUCCAAUCCAUGAUUUCGGCUUUUUGCAAUUUGACACGAAAGAGAUCAAACACAUGUCGAUUUCGGAGCUUGAGCUUCGGCCCGAUUUGGCUAAAGUCGGCACUGAGAUUCGUGUCGUGGGUAAUGAUGCUGGCGAGAAGCUUUCUAUUUUGGCUGGCUUCAUCUCGCGUUUGGAUAGAAACGCUCCCUUCUACGGUGCCUUGACAUAUAAUGACUUCAACACUGAGUAUAUCCAAGCUGCAGCAAGCGCUUCUGGUGGAUCUUCAGGAUCGCCUGUUGUCAACGAAUAUGGUCAAGCUGUGGCUUUGCAAGCCGGUGGAUCUACGGAGGCUUCAACUGACUUCUUUCUUCCCGUUUCUAGACCCCUCAGGGCGUUGAGAUGCAUCCAAAGCGCUCAAACUAUCACUAGAGGUGAUAUCCAAGUGGAAUGGAUGUUGCGUCCUUUCGAAGAAUGCAGAAGGCUUGGAUUGACUCCUGAGGCUGAAACAAAGGCCAGAGAGCUUUUUCCUGACAAGUCUGGCUUGUUAGUGGUUGAUCUCGUUUUGCCAGAGGGACCUGCGCAUGAGUUGAUUAAAGAAGGUGACACUUUAAUUUCCAUUAAUGGCGAACCUAUUUCAACCUUUAUUAAGGUUGACGAGAUUUUGGAUGAAAACGUUGGUAAAACUUUAGAGUUCGUGGUACAAAGAGGCGGUAGUGAGUUGAAAAUAGACAUCACAGUUGGUGAUUUGCAUGCAAUUACCCCAAAUCGCUUUGUGGAUGUCGCUGGAGCAUCUUUCAACGAUCUUUCUUAUCAAUUAGCAAGAUGUUAUGGUAUUCCGGUGAAAAGGUGUCUUCAUCAACGAUGCUUCAGGUACUUUUGA